AUUCAGAAGAAAACAAGCGAAAACUUUAAAUGAAGACAAAAUAAAAAUAGAAGUCGGAGCUGAAUUUGCAGAGAGAAUAAAACAGAGGAGACGAUUCAAAAAGAAGCUUCAAUCAUGAUCUCACAGUUCUUCGUGCUUUCUCAGCGAGGCGAUAACAUAGUGUUUCGCGAUUAUCGCGGUGAAGUAGCAAAGGGUAGUGCAGAGAUAUUCUUUCGUAAAGUUAAGUUUUGGAAAGAGGAUGGUCAAGAGGAGGCGCCCCCUGUCUUUAACGUGGAUGGUGUGAACUACUUCCAUGUGAAGGUUGUUGGGCUGCUGUUUGUUGCAACCACAAGAGUUAAUGUGUCCCCGUCUCUUGUCCUGGAACUUCUGCAAAGGAUUGCUCGUGUUAUUAAGGAUUAUUUAGGGGUUUUAAGUGAAGAUUCACUUCGGAAAAACUUUGUACUUGUAUAUGAGUUGCUUGAUGAAGUCAUUGACUUCGGUUAUAUGCAAACAACCUCUACUGAAGUUUUGAAGUCCUACAUAUUUAAUGAGCCAAUUGUGGUUGAUGCUGCGCGUUUGCAACCUCUUGGCCCUGCUGCCAUCUUUAUGCAAGGAACUAAAAGGAUGCCUGGCACAGCAAUUACAAAAUCUGUUGUAGCUAAUGAGCCUGGAGGUCGGAAGAGAGAGGAAAUUUUUGUGGAUAUAAUUGAGAAAAUCAGUGUUACAUUUAGCUCUAGUGGAUAUAUACUGACUUCUGAGAUUGAUGGCACUAUUCAAAUGAAAAGUUAUCUGACAGGAAAUCCAGAAAUCCGAUUAGCACUUAAUGAAGACUUGAGUAUUGGAAGAGGAGGGGAAUCGGCCAAUGAUUAUAGGAGUUCAUAUGGUUCGGGGGCUGUGAUCCUUGAUGAUUGUAAUUUUCAUGAAUCAGUGCGCCUUGAUAGUUUCGAUAUGGAUAGGACUCUGGCUCUGGUACCACCGGAUGGUGAAUUUCCUGUCAUGAACUACCGAAUGACACAGGAAUUCAAGCCUCCUUUUCAUAUUAAUUGCUUAAUUGAAGAAGCAGGACACCUUAAGGCUGAAGUGAUUCUUAAAGUACGAGCAGAGUUCCCCUCAAACAUUACUGCAAACACAGUUGUUUUAGAGAUGCCACUUCCUAAAUAUACUACCAGAGCUAGUUUUGAGUUGGAACCUGGAGUUACUGGGCAAAGAACAGAUUUCAAAGGAGCAAACAAGAAACUUGAAUGGGAUUUAGAAAAGUUUGUUGGUGGAGUUGAACAUACACUGCGUGCGAAGCUGACUUUUUCUCAGGAAUUGCAUGCAAACAUCAUAAAGGAAGCUGGACCAGUUAGCAUGACUUUCACAAUACCGAUGUAUAAUGUUUCAAGGCUUCAGGUGAAAUACUUGCAGAUAGCAAAGAAAUCUAGUUCCUAUAAUCCAUAUCGAUGGGUGAGAUAUGUUACUCAGGCCAAUUCAUAUGUUGCUCGAAUAUAAUAAGGUGAAAUCCCCCUUCCCCCCUAAAAAAAAGGUUCAUAUUUGUUAUCUCCUGGAUUAUACACUAUUUUUCUUCACCAGAUUAUUUUGUUGAACUAUCCCAUAUAUUCAAGUUGCUUCGUCUGUUGAAUUUCUCUGUUUUGUAUAUUACGGGUGUUUGGAUUGACAAUUUGGUACAGUUUAAUAUUUGUCAGAAUUAGAUAUCACCUCCUACGAUUUA